UCCCUAUAAAUACUAGCCUCCAUUAUUGCUUAGACAUCGCACAGUUCAAGCAGCACAACAACCAAUUCCCAAAGCUUAACAGCGAGCACGUUCCUGCCAGUGUCAACACUGCUUGCUAACUUGUUUCAGUGAGGUGAAAACAGAAAAGAGACAUGGUGGCCAUUCAUGUGCUGCUCCUUGCAGGAGCUCUCUUGGCCUUUGCGUGCUCACAUGGCGGCGUCACCGCCUCCGACCCGAGCCUUCUCCAGGACUUCUGCGUCGCUGAAAAGACGUCUCAAGUGCGUGUCAACGGGCUCCCUUGCAAAGAUGCGAAGGAAGUCGUCGCCGAGGACUUCUUCUUCUCCGGCCUCCAUGUGGCCGGCAACACGGCCAACAAGCAGGGCUCCGUGGUGACCGCCGUCAACGUCGCGCAGAUCGGUGGGCUCAACACCAUGGGCAUCUCCCUCGUCCGCAUCGACUAUGCGCCGAACGGCCUCAACCCUCCUCACACCCACCCGCGCUCCACCGAGAUCUUGACCGUGCUAGAGGGUUGUCUCCAUGUGGGCUUCGUCACCUCGAACCCUGAGAACAGACACUUCACCAAGGUUCUCGCCAAGGGAGACGUGUUUGUGUUCCCCAAGGGCCUCGUCCAUUACCAGUUCAAUAAUGGGAAUACUCAUGCGGUGGCCAUCGCGGGGCUGAGCAGCCAGAACCCCGGAGUGAUUACGGUAGCCAACGCGGUGUUUGGAUCGGAGCCUGCCAUCUCAGAUGAUGUUAUUACCAAGGCCUUCCAGGUGGAGAAGAACACUGUAGAUUGGAUCCAAGCACAGUUCUAAAAAGUCUCGUGUUCCCGCGUGUGUUUGUUUGUUGAAGUACUAUUUUAUCUUUAGCUUCAUUUGGGUUGCAUUGCAUGUUCUUCAUAGUAUUGUAAGUUAAGGAUUUUUAAUUCUCAUGUGUAUGCUUUUUUACCUGUAUAACAUCGAUGUGUUGUGGUACACACCCCUAUUUGUUUGUUGCAAAGGUAAAUUAUUUGUUAAAUUUGUCAUUA